AUUCGUGCUCACCUAGACACCCGUAGACACGCACAUAACAUAGCCUUUCUCUGCAGCUACCUUGUCAAACAGCUACACCCCUCUCCACCUUGUUCUACUACCCACCGCUGGAAUGUCAUACAGGUCUAGCCCUUGAUGUUGAAACCGCUGUGGCAAGGCAUUACGCAGCUAGGGUAAGGUAUUAGAUAAGACCAGCUGAGAAGCUGCCCUUCGGUCCGAGGGCUAGUGCACAGCCUGCAUCGGGCAUUACCUUGUAGUGGCAAAGAGAUAAGCCGACACGCCCAAUGUGAGACUUGAUAAGACGCUGGCACACAUUGAUCCACCGCGCGCCCUGGAGCAGUCAAACAUGUUUCUUCCUGUCACGACCGGGCUUGGAGAUGGAGGGUAACAAGAACCGAGGCGGCUACCGCCAGAUCAACAAGGCGCUCAACAUCUGCGCUUUCGAGGACUAUCUCGAGGCCCAACAGUCGCGUCUACCAAAGAUCGCCGACGUAGAGCAAAUAAGCCCCCGGGUGAUUCGCGUGCUGGGCCAAAAUGCUGGCAAAUUCACGCUGCAAGGCACCAACACAUACAUCGUAGGAACCGGCGCCAAGAGACUCAUCAUCGACACAGCCCAAGGCAUUCCAGCCUGGGCCGACCUAAUCUCCUCGACCCUCUCCGCCUCCAACACCAGCCUCUCGCACGUGCUUCUCACGCACUGGCACGGCGACCACACAGGCGGCGUCCCCGACCUCCUGCGCCUGUACCCGCACCUCUCCGACUCGGUCCACAAGCACACGCCGGGCCAGACGCAGCAGCCCAUCGCCGACGGACAGGUGUUCGCCGUCGAGGGCGCCACGGUGCGGGCGGUGCACGCGCCGGGCCACUCGCACGACCACAUGUGCUUCGUGCUCGAGGAGGAGAACGCAAUGUUCACGGGCGACAACGUCCUGGGCCACGGGACAGCCGCCGUCGAGCAGCUCAGCACGUGGAUGGCGUCAUUGCGGGUGAUGCGGGCGCACGGGUGCGCCGUCGGGUAUCCGGCGCACGGGGUGGUGGUUGCGGACUUGCCUGGUAAGAUUGAUGGGGAGCUGGCGUCGAAGACGAGGCGCGAGAUGCAGGUUAUGCAGGCGCUGAGUAGGGUCAAGAGGAGCGGGGUGGGGGGUGGAAGGGGGAAGGGUAGUGUCACGGUCAAGGAACUGGUUAGUGCGAUGCAUGGGGAUGGGCUGGAUGAUCAGGUUAGGGCGUUGGCGGUUGAGCCGUUUAUGGAGGAGGUGUUGAGGAAGCUGGCUGAGGAUGGGAAGGUGGCGUUUGAGGUUCGGGAUGGGGAGAAGAAGUGGUAUGGGAUUCAGAUUGUGCAAGUGAACUAGCUAGAUA